AUGAAUCGGCGUGUCCUUGUCCAGCGGCCACUGUCUUUGUUGCCGCACCACCCCCGCCGGUUCUGCACUUCUCCGCGCGUCGCCAAGGACCGGCGCAUACCGGGCGUUGGGAGAGAAAUUAUCGACGACUUUGCGCAAUUGCGCGAGCACUAUGCUACGCCCAAAAACCCCAUCGUGCUCGCCCACGGCCUCUUUGGCUUCUCGGAGCUGCGCCUCGCCCCGCGACUGCUCCCCGCGGUGCGGUACUGGCACGGUAUACAGGAUGCGCUUCGCACCAGCGGCGCGACCGUCAUUGCGACUUCAGUGCCGCCGUCGAGCUCCAUCGCCGAGCGGGCCGCCGCCCUCGCCGCCGGCAUCGCCGCCGCACAGCAGGCAUCCUCCCCCCCCUCCUCCUCCUCCUCCUCCUCGCCACCGCCGCCCGUCAACAUCAUCGCGCACAGCAUGGGCGGCCUCGACGCGCGCUACAUGAUCUCGCGGCUCCUCCCGUCCGCACCGCCUACCGUACGCGUCGCCUCCCUCACCACCAUCGCCACGCCGCACCGCGGCAGCCCCGCCGCCGACUUCCUCCUCGACCCGUCCUCGCGCUUCUUCCCCUUGCACCUCCCGCGCCUCUACGGCCUGCUCACGCGCGCGGGCCUCGGCACCGAGGCCUUUGCGCAGCUGACCACCGCGUACGCGCGCGAUGUGUUCAACCCGGCGACGCCGGACGCUCCCGGCGUGCGGUACUUUUCGUACGGCGCGGACGCGGCGCCGCUGUCGCCGUUCAGCGUGUUCCGGCUGCCGCACGCGGUGGUGGCGGCGGCCGAGGGCGCCAACGACGGGCUGGUGAGCGUGGCGAGCAGCCGCUGGGGCGAGUACAGGGGCACGCUGGUGGGGGUCGGCCACGCGGACCUGAUCAACUGGUCGAACAGGAUGCGCUGGGCGCUGCGCGCGAUGAUAUAG